CGAAGGUUAGGGGAGGGGGGGCGGGGAGGGGCGGGGGCACACAUACUCCCCCCCUCUUGGCUCUCUCCCUGGGCGCCGAUGCCCGCGGCCCGUGCCGGUCCGUUGCCAGGCCCUCUCCGUGGGGGAGGGCCGGAAAGACGGAGAGCCCGGCUGGCCCGCUGACAUGCGCCCGGCCCACUCCAGGGCACCGGUGCCCGGGGGCGGGGCCGCGCCGAGGGCCGUCUCUCAUGUGGCGGCAUACUGGCAUCCGUCUGGCAGGACUGCCUCUCUCUCGCUCGUUUUGUUUUGUUUCUCUCCUGACAUCACUAAACGCAGUAGUAACAAUGUCGGCCGUCGCUCCCGAGGGUGGUUUCACUCAUAUUCUCCGUCUCCUCAACACCAACGUUGAGGGUAAGCGCAAGGUUGUCUACGCCCUCUGCUCCAUCCAGGGUGUUGGCCGCCGUUUCGCCACUCUUGUCGUCAAGAAGGCCGGUGUCUGCCCCGAGAAGCGUGCCGGUGAGCUCACCGUCGAGGAGCAGGACCGUCUGAUUGACGUCAUCCAGAACCCCGUCCAGUACAAGAUCCCCAACUGGUUCCUUAACCGUCGCUACGAUGUCGUCGAUGGUACCGACUCCCACCUGAUCACCACCGGUAUUGCUAACAAGAUGCGUGAGGACCUCGACCGCCUCAAGCGCAUCUACUCCCACCGUGGUAUCCGCCACUACCUCGGCCUGAAGGUCCGUGGCCAGCACACCAAGACCACCUCUCGCCGUGGCCGCGUCAUGGGUGUCACCCGCAAGAAGUAAAUGGCGACGCCACCCCCGCGAUGAGGGACGCCUGGUGGUGGUGGCAGUGUUCCUGCUGCCGCCGGCAGUGCUCCGCCCCGUCGGUUGUUGUCGUUGCCGCGCGCGCGGUGCCGGAGUCCCCCUCACGGCGGGGCGGGUCCGUGCGAGUGUGUGUGUGUGUGUGUGUGAUUCGCGCAGCAGCAGCAGCGCACCGUGUGCAUGUGUGCACGCGCGCCUUCUCUCCCCCCUCCUCCCCCUCACGGCAUCUCCCCUCUGUGUGGUGCCCUGGUCCGUGUGUGUCGUUGAAUGGAAUGUAGCCCCUUUCUCUGUC